GUGGGAAGCCCCGCGCGUCCUCUUUCGCCUGCCCGGGAGUGCAGAGGCAGCAGCGCGAUGCCUGGUGUAACGGUAAAAGACGUGAACCAGCAGGAGUUUGUGAGGGCGCUCGCUGCCUUCCUCAAAAAGUCAGGUAAACUAAAGGUACCGGAAUGGGUGGACACAGUCAAACUAGCCAAACACAAGGAAUUGGCUCCCUAUGAUGAGAACUGGUUCUACACUAGAGCUGCAUCCACAGCCCGCCACUUAUACCUCCGUGGUGGUGCGGGGGUUGGUUCCAUGACCAAGAUCUACGGGGGUCGCCAGCGCAAUGGAGUGAUGCCCAGCCACUUUAGCCGGGGCUCCAAGAGUGUUGCUAGAAGGGUCCUCCAGGCACUGGAAGGGCUGAAGAUGGUGGAGAAAGACCAGGAUGGAGGUCGCAAACUUACUCCACAGGGGCAGAGAGAUCUGGACAGGAUUGCAGGACAGGUGCGGCCGCAAGCAAGAAACAUUAAAACGAGCUUCAGUUUAAAAAUAAAAAUUCUUUAUUUACUGACACACUGUGUGCUUGUGAGUUUUGAAAGAUCUGUUCCUGCUCUGUGCUCUCUUUCGUAGUACCCGGUGCUUCCAGCAUGUCUUUUCAAAUUUUUCCCUGCUUUUUUGUGACAAUGAGGGCUAGCAUCUUUACAAGUGGAGAAGGCAGGCUGAUUCCCUGCCAUUUGCCUCUGUUCUCACUUGCAUAGUGAUAACUGUAGCUGCAUACACUGUUAGACAACUGUGAGUACUAUUAAUACUUUCUAAAAGCAUCCCUGCUUAGUGCGGCUCAAGCAUUUGUUCAUUCAGAUUAGAGCUGCUAGCUUUAAUAAGUAUAUUGAAACAUGAGUUGGUUGGGGACCAGUCUUAAUUGGCGAUGGCAAAUUUUAAUUGGCUUGGUCUGCUACUAAGGACAUACUUUAUAAGGCUGUUUUUGUUCUGAUGUGUUUCUGUAAUAGGAGAAGGAAAAGAGAAUGUUAAAGAUUCUGACUAUGACUGGUAGCUUUUAUUAAACUAUAAGGUCUCUUUAA